GCUCACUGGGCGGUUGUCCGCGCCCAGUCGGCCCGCAGCGUUGGAGCAGUUCGGAGCCCGGCAGGACUUGGGCAUGGCGGUUCAAACCCUGCUCUGCCUUCGUCACGUGGCGAAUGAGGAAACGCAAAUACCACCGUGCAAAGCCCGCCCUCGCCGCCGGGACCUUUAUCACGGUGGCGUCACGACGUUUUUGAGCCUGAGCCGACCAAAUCGACCCGCUCGUCAGUCUCUUUCGGCUCAACCCUGAGUGAUUGCCACAAUGCAGGUAGCUGCCGUGGGUGGCAGCAGAGAGCGAGGCUACGCGCGGAAUGACGCGGUCGAGAAGCUAACAUCCGUCAUGGCGGGGGUUCCGUCCCCCGCUCCCCCGCUCUGUCUCCGGCGGCGGACGCGACUCACGGCGGCGCCCGAGGACAUGGUGCAGAACCGGGUAUCACUCGAGAAAGUGCUUGGCAUCACGGCCCAGAACAGCAGUGGCCUAACCUGUGACCCCAGCACAGGCCAUGUGGCCUACCUGGCAGGCUGUGUGGUGGUGAUUUUGAACCCCAAGGAGAACAAGCAGCAGCACAUCUUUAAUACUGCCAGGAAGUCUCUGAGUGCUCUGGCCUUCUCCCCUGAUGGAAAGUACAUAGUGACGGGAGAGAACGGGCACAGGCCUGCCGUGCGCAUCUGGGACGUGGAUGAGAAGAGCCAGGUGGCAGAGAUGCUGGGCCACAAGUACGGCGUGGCCUGUGUGGCUUUCUCACCCAAUAUGAAGCACAUUGUGUCGAUGGGCUAUCAGCACGACAUGGUACUCAACGUCUGGGACUGGAAGAAAGACAUUGUGGUAGCCUCCAACAAGGUGUCGUGCAGGGUCAUUGCCCUGUCUUUCUCCGAGGACAGCAGCUACUUUGUCACUGUUGGGAAUCGGCAUGUGAGGUUCUGGUUCUUGGAAGUCUCCACUGAAGCGAAGGUGACAGGCACAGUGCCCCUGGUAGGACGCUCAGGCAUCCUGGGGGAGCUGCACAACAAUGUCUUCUGCGGUGUGGCCUGUGGCCGAGGCCGGAUGGCAGGCAGUACCUUCUGCGUGUCCUAUUCGGGCCUCCUCUGCCAGUUCAACGAGAAGAGAGUGCUGGAAAAGUGGAUCAACCUGAAGGUCUCCCUUUCUUCCUGCCUGUCUGUCAGCCAGGAGCUCAUCUUCUGCGGCUGUACAGAUGGGAUAGUCCGCAUCUUCCAGGCCCACAGCCUGCACUACCUCGCCAACCUGCCCAAGCCUCACUACCUCGGUGUGGACGUGGCGCAGGGCCUGGAGCCCAGCUUCCUCUUCCGCAGGAAGGCGGAAACGGUCUUCCCGGACACAGUGGCGCUGACCUUUGACCCCACCCACCAGUGGCUGUCCUGCGUGUAUAAGGACCACAGCAUCUACAUCUGGGACGUCAAGGACAUCAACAAAGUGGACAAGAUGUGGUCCGAGCUCUUCCACAGCUCCUACGUCUGGAACGUGGAGGUGUACCCUGAGUUUGAAGAUCAGAGAGCUUGUCUGCCAUCAGGAUCUUUUCUGACUUGUUCCUCAGACAACACCAUCCGCUUCUGGAACAUGGAUAGCAGCUCUGACUCUCACUGGCAGAAAAACAUCUUCAGCAAUUCCCUGCUGAAGGUAGUUUAUGUAGAGAAUGACAUCCAGCACUUGCAGGAUACAUCACACUUCCCAGACAGGGGAAAUGAGAAUGGGCUGCCCAUGGAUGUGAAAGCCGGGGUGCGAGUCAUGCAGGUCAGUCCUGAUGGCCAGCACUUGGCUUCAGGUGAUCGAAGUGGAAAUCUAAGGAUUCACGAGCUGCACUUCAUGGAUGAGCUCCUCAAAGUGGAGGCCCACGAUGCGGAGGUGCUAUGCCUGGAGUACUCCAAGCCUGAGACAGGUCUGACCCUGCUGGCCUCGGCCAGUCGGGACCGACUGAUCCACGUGCUGAAUGUGGAGAAGAACUACAACCUGGAGCAGACCCUGGACGACCACUCCUCCUCCAUCACGGCCAUCAAGUUUGCUGGCAGCAGAGACAUCCAGAUGAUCAGCUGUGGAGCCGACAAGAGCAUCUACUUUCGCAGUGCUCAGCGGGCCUCAGAUGGACUACAUUUUGUCCGCACCCACCACGUGGCGGAGAAGACCACCUUGUACGACAUGGACAUUGACAUCACCCAGAAGUAUGUGGCUGUGGCCUGCCAGGACCGCAAUGUGAGGGUCUACAACACGGUGAACGGGAAGCAGAAGAAGUGCUACAAGGGCUCCCAGGGUGAUGAAGGGUCCCUGCUGAAGGUCCACGUGGACCCCUCAGGCACCUUCCUGGCUACCAGCUGCUCUGACAAAAGCAUCUCGGUGAUUGACUUUUACUCUGGCGAGUGCGUUGCCAAGAUGUUCGGGCAUUCAGAAAUCGUCACUGGCAUGAAGUUCACCUACGACUGUCGCCACUUGAUCACAGUGUCCGGGGACAGGUGGGAAAGGCCUGGGAGACUGUCCCUGGCUGGGCCUACCCCUGGGAGAGGGUGUGACCUGUACCGCUGUGUGUUCAUCUGGCACCUGGGCACAGAGAUCACCAACUGCAUGAAGCAGCACUUGCUGGAGAUCGACCAUCAUGAGCAGCAGCAGAACACAAAGGACAGGAAGUGGAGCAGCCACCCCAGGCAGGAGACAUACACAUCCGUGCCCAGGGAGAUUUGCUCCCUAAGCCCUGGAGAGCAGAUGGAGGAUGAGCUGGAAGAAGAGUGUGAAACUGAAGAGUUGCUGAAGACACCAUCCAAAGAGAGCUUGGAACCAGAUCCCCGGUGCCUGCUGACCAAUGGCAAGCUGCCACUCUGGGCAAAGCGGCUGCUAGGAGAUGACGACGUGGUGGAUGGCUCAGCCUUCCAUGCCAAGCGCAGCUACCAGCCCCAUGGCCGCUGGGCUGAACGGGCCGACCAGGAGCCCCUCAAGACCAUCCUGGAUGCCCGGGACCUGGAUUGCUACUUCACCCCCAUGAAGCCUGAGAGCCUGGAUGACUCUGUCCUGGAUACUGUAGAGCCACAGAGCCUGGCAAACCUGCUGAGCGAGUCAGAGAGUCCCCAGGAGGAUGGCUGCAGGCGUUCCUCCUUCCUGCCCCUACAGGGGGUGUCAUCUGGGACCAGUGAGCUUGUCGUCUGCUCUCUGGAGGCAGAGGUGACAGGCUCAGGGACAGACAGUGAAUACUGCCUGAAGGAGGGAGACCAGGGGCCUGGAGACCAGCAAGGCUACUCCUGUCUCCAGGCCUCCAUCGGCUCAGAGGAUCAGAGCCCACCUGAGGACUCGGGGGAGUCAGAAGCUGACUUGGAGUGCAGCUUUGCCACCAUCCACUCCUCCCCUCCACAGCCUGACCCGGAGCCUCGGUUUGACAUGGCAGUGCCCCACAUAACAAGGUGUUCAAGUACUACAGAAGAAGAGUUGUCCCAGCCCGAGAAGCCAGGCAUGGCCAGCAGCUCCCUGCCCCAGACGCCUGAGCAGGAGAAGUUCCUCCGCCACCACUUCGAGACGCUUACUGACGCCCAGCCUGAAGAGCUCUUCAGUGGGUCCCUGAGAGACGUGAAAGCCUCUGAGGCCAAAGACUUCUUCCUCAGCCCCCGGCUGAGCAUCUCAGCCCAGUUCCUCUCGCGCCUCCAGAAGACACCCAGGUUCACCCACACCUUCCCUACCCAGCUACCCCCGCACCUGGUGAAGUCCCCGGAGGCCAAGCCCGUGGAGCCAGUGGGGAGCCAGCUCAGGGCAGAGCCCCUGAGAGCAGGUACUGGCUACGCCUCCCCAGGCAGGACUAACGUCCUCACUGAGAAGAAAGCUAAAGAGCCCUUGGAGCCCCUGGAGGCCUGGUGCCCCCCGACCCCCUGCCUCACAGGCCCGGUGCCCUGUGCCCCCUCCUCAUCAGUGCUGCCCGCAGACAGGAAGCCCCCGCUGCCCACAGCCGUACCCACUCCAGGCCUGGCUCAGGGUGUCCGCGCCCCCUCCACCCGCUCCUACAUGGAGUCCACCACCGGCUCCCAUGCCAAGAUGUCCCGCAGCAUCUCCCUUGGGGACGGUGUGGGCCCUGUCAUGGCCAAGCUGGCCAGGCCCCUCCACAGGCCCUUGCCCACGGGUGAGCUGGCCUCCCUGGGCCAGGAGCUUCAGGCCAUCACCACCACGGAAGCACCCAAUUCUGGCAGCAAUAGCCGAGAGCUCAUCCUGCCCUCUUGGGGCAACUAUGAGGCCCGGGCCAGCCUGAGACUGACCCUGUCGAGCGUCUGUGACAGGCUCCUGCUGCCCCCGUCCCCUCUAGAAACACCUGCCACAUGCACCUGGUCUCAGGAGCCCGUGGCCACCCAACCUUGUGCCGCAGUCCCAGCAGCCAACUUCCUGGCCCCCAGCCCUGUGGAUGUGAGCGCACGAAGGCUCCACAACUCCGCCUUUCUCCCAAGGCUCCCAGCCCCUGAGCCCCCCCACCCCCCCACCCAACCCAGCAGCCCCCAGCUUCCAGAGGCCAGGCCUGGGGUCCCUGGCAGCACUGCCUCCCUCCUGGAGCCCACCCCUGAUACACUCAGUCUGGUCCAGGGCAACCCUGGACACUGGGGGGAGUCUGAGGUGCCGUCUGGGGCUCUGUCCCCAGCUCCCCUUGAGCUGAGCAGUGUGGAGAACGUUGUGCACAGGUUGCAGACUGCCUUCCAAGAAGCCCUUGACCUCUACCAGCUGGUGGGUGCCGAGCAGCAGCAGGUGCGGACUGAGCUGGCUUCCACCUUUCUUUGGAUCCACAGCCAGUUGGAGGCCAACGUCUGGCUGGUCGAGCCUGAGAUGGCCCCAGCCCAGGCCCUGCCCAGCCCUGGCCCCCCGUCCCCCCCUACGCUGUGCCCCCUGGCCAGCCCCAGUUUGAGGGCCCUCCUGGAGCACUACUCGGAACUGCUGGUGCAGGCCGUGCGGGGGAAGGCACGGGGGGACUAAGGGCCAGCAGCCCCCUCCCCCACAGCCCUGCUGCCUCUGAAGACUUACGUAUUUUACGUCAAUAAACUGACAGCUUGGAGUCAUUUGAGGUGCCCACCCUGGCCCAUCCACAAAGCCCCCUUCUGGUGGAUGCUGGGAGGGAAGGUAGAGGGUAUUGUUCAGGAGCACCAGCCUGGGGACUCGCGUUUGCUCCAAAGCCAUGCUCCUGGUCCAGGACUCUGUCAAUGGAAAACAUUGGACCAACAUCCCCAAGAAGUUUGGCGACUGCAAUAAUGGUGACCCCAGGGCCUGGCCCCCCAUUUCCCCUAUGUGUGGUCCUCAUCAGUGAGGCCCAGCACGCCCCCAGGGUGGUGGCCCUUCUUCCCUGCCCCUUUCUGAUGCCUAGGAGCCCACAGGAGCCACUCUGAUCACCAUGUGCCAAACCCUGCCCACUGCUGCAUGCAUUGCCACAUCUGUGGCUUGUGGCCUCAGCAGGGGAAACUGAGGAGAGACAGACUGGUCCACCGGACAGUCCACCAGCAUGUCCCAAGCUGCCCAGUGGCUGGGACCAGUAACUCUUUCCCUAGUAGGAGGACCAUGUUCAGCUUCAACACCCAGCACUGGUGGCAGCUCCCCCAGAGGAGGCAUCUAGCCACAUUGCAUGUCUACUGAGAAGACGACAAAAGUUCCCACUGUCCCAAGUCCUUAUGAGAAGGCAGCCAGCUGGGGCAGGGCCUUCUCCUAAAGCACAGUCCCCCCUGCUGUUCCCCCACUUGCCUGAGCUCCUCCCUGCUCUGUCUGGUGGUCAUGGCUCCCUCCAAAACAGGUUUAGAGAGAUCCUGUUUCUUGACCGGCAUCCCAUGAAUCUGAGACUUGAGCCUAAGCUUGCCUGGUGGCAGAGCCAGACCCUUUGACAUGAGGACAUGGCCCUCUGCUGCCCCCAUGCACGUGACCGUGCAGUCCUUCAGAAAAUCCGGCUGCCCCCAAGCACCCAUCACCAUUCACAUUAGCGGGGAACAGGACAGGCAUUCACUUGCCUUCUAGGGAGCGGAACAGAUUCAGGAAUUACACUGGAUCCGUAUGAUUGUAGGAGACUGAGGGGAUGGACUCUGCUGGUUGAAGGGUCAGGGAAGGCAUUUCUGACGGGACACCUGACCUGAGGACUAAUAGUGGCACGAGCUGUGUGGGCCUCUUGGCAAGGUGACGAGGCUGGACAGCCAGUGCAGACGCCCCUUGGGGGACCAAACAUGGUGUGUGCAAGGAGCAGAAACAAAGCUGGGAUGGCCAGAAGGGACAGAGUGGGGAGAGGCUACACAACGGGCAGGGCCUUGUUGCUUCAUGACAUCCAAGCCCCGGAAACAUUCACCACACAAUUUUUCCCCUAAAUAAAACCCCUGCUCUUGGUGUUUGGAAA